CUGUUCCCUGACAUCAACUCAUUAUAAAAGGGGCAAGGGGCAAAGAAGGGGGAAGCAACCGCACGGACGCCCUAUGCUUACUGUCUUCCCUCGAGCUAGGGAGCCGAGAGCUUAAGUUCUACCCACGUAUAGUGAGAAGGAGAGAGGGUUCUCUGUUCUAAACUCGAGCUCGAUGGAAGCUGAGGCACAGGCUUUGAUGAGCAAGAGAUCCACAGCCUCUCGGUUCAGAAGGGUGUGCGUCUUCUGCGGCAGCAGCCCCGGGAGGAAACCCAGUUACCAGCUCGCAGCGAUCCAACUCGGCCAUGAAUUGGUUCGAAGGAACAUAGACUUGGUGUACGGUGGAGGAAGCGUUGGCCUCAUGGGUCUCGUCUCCCAAGCCGUGCACGAUGGCGGCCGCCAUGUCUUGGGAGUUAUUCCCAGGACUCUGAUGCCUCGAGAGAUUACGGGAGAGACGGUGGGAGAGGUGAGGGCCGUGUCGGGAAUGCACCAGAGGAAGGCGGAGAUGGCCAGCCAAGCCGAUGCCUUCAUAGCAUUGCCUGGUGGCUACGGAACCCUGGAAGAACUCCUCGAAGUGAUAACUUGGGCUCAGCUGGGGAUCCACGACAAGCCGGUGGGGUUGCUGAACGUCGAUGGCUACUACGACUCCCUGCUCUCCUUCAUCGACAAGGCUGUGGACGAGGGAUUCAUCGCGCCUGCCGCUCGUCAUAUCAUCAUCUCCGCACAGACUUCCCACGAGUUGCUGUCGGAGCUCGAGGAUUACCAGCCGAUGCACGACGGGGUUGCGCCACAGCUGAGCUGGGAGCGGGAGCGGUUGGGGCAGUCACCCAAAUCGAACAUCGGGCGUUGACGGCAGCCCGCCGUGUAAACGUUGCCGACGUCCACGUGGCAGAUACCUUCUAAUUAGCAGAGCGGUAGAGUCGUGGGUCCCAUCGUGACUUUAUGGUGGUUGACUUUGUUGACGCCGCCAAACUUUUGAUGGGGUCGAAUCAUCGUAGAUGCUGACGUGGAGAAACAGGACUCGUGGCCUCCUCUUCCUCCUCCUCCCUCCUCCCUCCUCCUGUCGGUAAACCUAUUUUUAUUAUCAUCAGUUUAAUUUUAUAUAUAUAUAUAUAUAUAUAUAUAUAUAUAUAUAUAUAUAAUCCGUGUUUUCUGUAAAUAUUUAUGAGAUCAAUUAGCUAAAACCAGCCAGCAAUAUGAUUGCUGUCUCUGAGCA